AUGCUUUUUAGCGGAGUAUAUCGUAGCUCAUCAGAAGAGGUUCUUUCCGAUGGCGAAACAACAUCAUCAGUAACAUCAGACAUUACAUCAAGAACUUCAGCGAGCGAUACUUGGUAUGAUGUCAGAAGUGAUAUUGAACAACAACAACAACCAAUAACACAGUUCGAUCAUACCACAGAUGCUAACAUAAGAUUACAAACAAAUGAUUAUGAUGAUGAUAAUGAUCAAGAAUUAAUUAGAUCAAUCAAUGAUAUGUACAUCGACGAUGGUACUUUCGCAGAAGUAGAAAGUAUGACAAAUAUUGGAAAUGAUUUUCAUGAUAUUCCUAUUCAAGAUAACCAGCAACAACAAACACCAAACGAAUGGAUAAAUCCAUAUUGGGGUGUUAAUUGGUUACCGGCAACAACACUAACAGGACCAAUAAUUCAAGGAAAUAUAGAGAGUUCUAAUAUUCAACAUGCUUCAUCGAAACCUGGAAUACAACGACUCAUACCUGGUUCUAUUUUAAUUAAUGAUCGAGACGAAAUUGAAGAUUCAUUAUGGAAACAAGGAAAUUCAAGUGUUGAAUCUUUAACGUCAAGUAAUUCAUUUCAUCCCGGUGGAAAAUAUAUAUCAGAUGAAAGCGGUGGUCGAGGAGGUUUUCUUGCACCAACACAUGUUCAACAUCAUGCUGUAGUAACAUCGUCUGACUUAACCGAAUAUUCUACAGAUAAUUUUAGUUAUAAAGGAUCAAAUUCAUCGUCUGAUGAUAGUUUUCGAAUUGAGUCUGCAUUACAUCAAGAACAAACGUCAUCAGAACAAGACGGUUAUGAUGAUAAACAAUGGAACGAUUUAUAUUGGUUAGCAUCUGAUCAAGUACAUAAUAAACAUACUACAUAUACGGCAAUGAGUUCUGCUCCUUCUAUUCUUUCUAAAUUUAAACAGAAGGAGAAUUCAUUUCUACAAGAGGAUCCUGCUUUUCUUUUCCAAAAUACCCAAUCUGAAACAUUACCUAGCUCGAAUGAAAUAUUGUGGACAAAUGCUAAUUGGGAGACAAACGUUCUUGAAAAUCCAGCGUCAACAAUAGAUGAUACACGAUCAACAACACCAUCGAUUGAAUCUUGGAGAAAUGACGAAUAUCAAACACCAACAUUCGAAAAACAACGAAAUAAAAUAUGGGACAAUUCGAGUGGCAAAGAUAGUGAACCGGAAGAUUUGAUGUCUACUGAGCAAUCAGAUGAUUCGCAAGAAAUUUUGGAUUCGAAACACUAUCAAUCUCAAGCCAUAGCAUCCUCAAAGCACCAAGAUAAACCAUGGGUAAAUCCGUAUUGGAAAGACUACAAACCUCAUGCUGUCACAUCUUCGAAACAACAAGGCAAACCAUGGGUGAAUCCAUACUGGGGUGACAAUAAAACUUCAGCCGCGACUCAAUCAAAGAAACAAGAUAUACCAUGGCAAAAUCCCUAUUGGAAGAAUUGGAAACCAGGACCUUUGACAACAUCUCAACUAUAUCAGAAUGUACCUUUGGUAAAACCUAAUUGGCAAAAUAAUGCAUCACAAACUUCGACGAAAACUAAACCACAAGCUUUUGAAGUAACUAAACAACAAAAUAAACCAUGGGUGAAUCCAUACUGGGGUAGUAAUAAAACGCCAGCAUCGGUUCCAUCAAAGAAACCAAAUAUACCAUGGCAGAAUCCCUAUUGGAAAGAUUGGAAACCAAGAUCUUUCAACACAUCCCAACUACAUCAGAACGUACCUUUGAUAAAACCUAACUGGCAAAAUAAUGCAUCACAGACCUCGACAACUACUAAACCACAAACUUUUGAAGUAACCAAGCAACAAAAUAAACCAUGGGUGAAUCCAUACUGGGGUAAUAAUAAAACGCCAGCCUCGAUUCCAUCAAAGAAACAAGAUAUACCAUGGCAGAAUCCCUAUUGGAAAAAUUGGAAACCGGGAUCUUCCAACACAUUCCAACUAUAUCAGAACGUACCUUUGAUAAAACCUAACUGGCAAAAUAAUGCAUCACAGACUUCGACAACUACUAAACCUCAAAAUUUCGAAGUAACUAAACAACAAAAUAAACCAUGGGUGAAUCCAUACUGGGGUAAUAACAAAACGCCAGCCUCGAUUCCAUCAAAGAAACAAGAUAUACCAUGGCAGAAUCCCUAUUGGAAAGAUUGGAAACCAGGAUCUUUUAACACAUCCCAACUACAUCAGAACGUACCUUUGAUAAAGCCUAACUGGCAAAAUAAUGCAUCACAGACUUCGACAACUACUAAACCGCAAAAUUUCGAAGUAACUAAACAACAAAAUAAACCAUGGGUGAAUCCAUACUGGGGUAAUAACAAAACGCCAGCCUCGGUUCCAUCAAAGAAACAAGAUAUACCAUGGCAGAAUCCCUAUUGGAAAGAUUGGAAACCAGGAUCUUUGACAACAUCUCAAAAAAAUCAGAAUGGAAAUUUGAAAAAUCAUAACGGGCACAACAAUAUAUGGCAAACUUCGACGACUACUAAACAACAAAAUUUUGGAGAAACUAAGCAAAAAGAUAAACCGUGGGAGAAUCCCUAUUGGAAGAAUAAAAAUGUAUCAAGUGCUGGGCCCACAUGGAUAUCUAAUGCAUCAAGGAAAGGUACAUGUGGUAUGGUGUUACCUAAUGCAUAUAUAACAGACAAUGUAUCACCUCCUGAUCAUAGAGUUCCACCAAUUCCAUCAUUUUAUAAACGCAUCUUUCCUGUUAAUACACCACUAUCUUCAAUUCAACCGUCAACAACGACUAACGAGAAAAAAUUACAAUUUUCUAAAGAAUCUAUGCAUGUCACACCAUUCAGUAUUCCAAAUGAAACAUACAACAAUGACAUAAACGGUGGUAAUGAUUUUUUACCAUAUACAAUCGAUACUCAAGGAAUAGCACACUAUCGUUCAUUACCAUCAUCAUCUUCUAUUGCCAAAAAUAAAACAGUCCACUUCGGUACUUCUCCAUCAACUACUCAAAAUCCAGUCACAUCUAAAUAUAUAACUGAUGCUGUUCCAUUACAACGAAAAUAUACCACGACGCCAACAUCAUUUACAUCUAAUGUUACAUCACAACUUCCAAUAGCUAACACAGCUCCUUCUUCAUCUACAACUAACUCAGAUCUAUUGCAAUCUUUGGGUUUUCUAAAUUCUUCAUCAUAUUCACCAAACAAUGAUCCAUCAUCUACUAAGUCUGGAGCAGUUGUAAUCACUCUAGACGAACUGUAUGAUAUUCAAAAUGCUCUUCAUUUAUUGAAGACCAAUCCAAAUGCUAUACCUACUAUACAAACAUUUCAACAACAUGUACCAACAGUUUAUCCUAGUGAUGAAAAAGUACCUCAUCAACCAAUUACGUCUCUAUUUACAAAUAACAACGAUCAUCGCUUGAUUCAACAGCCACCAACAUCAUCAUCAUCAUCCGACCAUCAAAAUGAUCAAUUACGUUCUCUGUCUAAUGCCAAAUCUCAACAAUUACCAAUGGUGUCUUCAUCAAAGAAUUUUUCAAAUCCAAACGACAUUUUAAACAGAUUUAUUAAACCAGGAUCUAUCAACCAUUUGUAA